AUGAACAAAGACAACUUUUCGGCGUUCGCCAAUGACGAUUUGUCAACACAAAAGGCACCAAUGAUCAAAAUCUCCGUCAACUCAACCUACAACUCAAGUUGUUCAUUACCCAUCUCUUUGCUUACUCGCCAUCCGUACUCUUCUAGCUAUCCAGUCAAGUUUUAUCAGUGCAUGCGGCGUGCGCCCCCGGGCCCCUACCUCACCCAACUCCACUCGUCCAUCACCUUCGCUGCCCUUUACUCUUCUGGUGCCCACACCCUCGUAUGGCUACCACCGUCGUUCUUUGCCAAAGUCUGUUUUCCCUCCCUCAAACUCAUCCUACAACAAUGCCAGACACCCUGUAACCAAGUCAUCAAUGUCUCCAGCCUCAACCGCAUCUCCCCAGGUAUUUCAAAACAUGAGCCUGUGCCGAAUAUCCAGGCAUGUUGCACACAAUCGCCAAUGACACAACAGUCACAGGAGCAUUUGUGGAUACCAUUGAAAGGGCAGAGUGUUCGCAGCAGAGGCGAGGUAGGUGCCAUACACAUAUUAUAUCUCAGGAGCCGCAGGAUAGCUUUUGCAGGAGUUUAUACGGCAGAAAUUAAACUCUCCACCCCAUAUUUCAAAAUCUUUGUACUUUGUUUCAGAUAGCACUGAGUUCGAGGAAGCAAAAGUACAG